GCGCCCAGCCGCUCAGGACGACUUUGCAGGAGACUUAAGGUGGCUUUUUAACCUUGGGGUGCUCAGGAUGAUAGACGCAGAAAGGCACCCACUGUCAGAGGAAACAGCGGUAGCUGCCCAUUGAUGGAAGGGCUGUCCCUUUGCUCUGAAGGAGGACAUGCUGAAACACCUUUUUAAUACACCUUCCAUUCUGAGCUUCAGAAAAGAUUAACAUGAACAAUAGCAGAGAUAAACUUGAGGUGAUUGUUUUCUUGGUCGUGCUGCCCUGGAGUUAGCUGCAGAGCUGACCGCUGGAAAGGCACAGUGCAGGAAAACACUCCUGUACUGCAGUACUGUUAUUCACACUUGCCUAACCAUCUAAGAUGUAUCUCAGCUGAGUGAAGAUUGCAAGAUUCUGAGAUGAUUUGACCUGUGAUGGAGGAAUGCUUCUGGGAAACUGCUGGAGGAUUUCAGCGCAGUGGUGUCUCUGCCCUUACUGAUCUGUGUUGAAGUGCAAAAUGAACCACACUUGGACAUACAACCUGAGCUUUGGUGCAUCUACAGAUCCUGUUGAGCCAAGGGCUGGCCUUGCACGAAGUGGGCACAUAGUAGUAGCUGUUUUUCUUGGGUUCAUCUUUGUUUUUGGUUUCUUCAAUAACUUGAUUGUCCUCAUCCUCUUCUGCAAGUUUAAAACCCUCCGUAACCCAGUCAACAUGCUUCUGAUGAAUAUCAGUAUCAGUGAUAUGUUAGUGUGCAUCUCUGGCACUACCCUUAGUUUUGCAUCUAACAUACAUGGCAAAUGGAUUGGAGGGGAGCAUGGUUGUAGAUGGUAUGGCUUUGUCAACUCCUGCUUUGGCAUUGUGUCCCUGAUCUCCCUGGCUGUCCUGUCCUACGAACGCUACAGCACACUCACCCUGUGCAACAAGCGCAGCGCUGACUACCAGAAGGCAUUGCUGGCAGUUGGUGGUUCAUGGAUUUACUCCCUGGUCUGGACUGUGCCCCCUCUGAUUGGUUGGAGCAGUUACGGGGUAGAAGGUGCAGGUACAAGCUGUUCAGUGCGCUGGUCCUCGGAGUCAGCAAAGUCCACAUCCUAUAUCAUCUGUCUCUUCAUAUUCUGCUUGGUCAUCCCUGUGAUGGUCAUGAUGUACUGCUAUGGUCGCCUCCUUUACACUGUUAAACAGGUUGGAAAAAUCCACAAGAAUGCUGCCCGCAAAAGAGAAUACCAUGUACUGUUCAUGGUGAUCACUACAGUUAUCUGUUACCUGGUGUGUUGGAUUCCCUAUGGAGUUAUAGCAUUACUUGCAACAUUUGGUAAACCAGGUGUGGUGACUCCAGUUGCAAGCGUCAUACCUUCCAUUCUAGCAAAAAGCAGUACUGUUUGCAAUCCCAUUAUCUACAUCCUUAUGAAUAAGCAGUUUUACAAAUGCUUUCGUCAGCUUUUCCACUGCCAACCUCCUUCUGCCACUGAUGGAGAGCCCACCUGCCACUCCAAGGUAACCGUUAUCCAGCUGAAUCAGAGGACGGAUGGUGGAAAUGUAUGCAAUAAUGAACCACGUUCAGAAGCAGUAAAAUGACUUCUCUCCUGCACCCAGAGCCAAACCUGGAGCCUGGAGUUUCAAAAGCUCUACCACCAGUCUCUUAGGAAAACUGGCUCUGACUGGAAGUACAGGCCUUAACCACAGUGUGUUUCAUUUCACUGCCAUGUUUACCCAGCUAACCUUAACAUUAAUAAAGGAAGUUGCUAUUUGUGUGAUAGGAAAACUGUCAAGAACAAAUAUUGGGGCUCACUUAUAAUUUCCUUAAUAACCACAAAGAUGGCCACAUCACUGCAAGGAUGGUACAACAAUGACAAAAUUUUUAGCAAUAUCAUUGACUUUCCUGUAAAUCAGUUAAUGGAGCAUUUAAGAGUUUUAGUUCUUAGUGAUCUGUGGAUCAAUGUCCUCCAGAGUCAAUCUAAAAGGCACACUGUGAUAUUUAGUUUAGCUUCUUGCCUUUCCUGCUUUGUUCCAUCCAGUCCAUGUCUUGGGAUUUCAGAUUAGGUUGCUCAUAAAUAACCAGUUUCUGUCAGUCCACUCAAGUUUUUGCUCAUACUGAACAAUGAUGUUUUGAGGAAGGGAAGACAAACCCUAUUCUGGGGAAUAAUAGCAGUCAGUGCCAGGCUUUUUCUCCUUUAGCACUACAGACCUGCAGCCAAAGAGACCAGUGAUGUGGUACAACCAGUGCUCCCAAAUACCUAUGGGCGAGUCCCAGGGCAUGCAGGACUAUACAGUCAGUCUACAUGAACCUGAGGAAGUAGGUCCCUCCACCUCACUGUCACAGCUUCCAAAUUCUCCCUUGGAAUGUUCUGCUUCUGCCGUUCCAUUCAAAAACAGAAAGUAACAUAGCACCAUAUAAAAAAUAAAAAAAAAUAGAGGGGUGGGGCUA